GUACACUCACUGAACGUGGUGCAACGAAAGGGAUUGUCCGGCCCGGAACAUGCAACCAGCGCGAUCAUCACAGGGACUGAGCGCGACAGUCAAUCCAUGCCCCACUUCCUGUUUUGUCACUUCCGGUCCAGCGGACUUGCCAUUAUACUGCAUAGUAUUCUCACACAUGUAGCAUGCCUUCUGCCUUGUGAGUAAAGCAGCACAGCCAGGAAUUAUGCUCUAACAGAUCACUAGCAAGAGCAGAAUAAUGGAAUUUGGAAUUUGGAACGUAUGUGAACAAACAGUGAUUCUUCAAGGAGCACUGCUGCUAGCUGAAAAGCUAGCCCUACACAAAACAUUACAGGAAAUUAAGAAGUCUGACUGGCCUCUUAUUGAAAAACCAAUCACAGAUGCUCUUAAAGAAAUCAGCUCAGGUACUCAGCCUCAAAGCCACGAAUGGAGGAAAAGAGCCAUUGCUAUGUUCUGGGCCAAAAUUCUUUCAUGUCGUUCGCAACUGUCCCUAAAUGACUCCGACAUUGAGAGGAAAUGGAAAGAGGAUAUGUUCUUUCCAGUGGAAAACAUGAUACCAAAAAUAAAUCACACUGUUCUCUUCGAACUGCUCAAAGCCACAAAGGCAGCGGAUAUAUUUGUAGAACUGCUCUUGGCACUGCCAACAGAAUUUUGGGUAGAAGAAGCAUCCUUAAUGUUAAACCAUGUUACUGAUGAAACCUCCAUAGAGGAUGUGACUUUCUUCUUGGAUGUCUGGUGGGAGAUAAUGAAAGGUAGUAAAAACAAGCAUGAUGAGACUGUUAUGCGGUUUGCAGCCGUUGCGUGUCAGUACUUGUCAAAGUCUAAUGAUGACAUUUGCCAGAGUUCUAAGAGAUUUAAGCCUGACCCUGAGCAAGCUCUUCUUCCGGCUGACAACCUCCUCACAGUGUUUUUAGAGGGACUUCAUCAAAUUAGACAGUGUAUCGAUAACAGCAAACUGAAGUGCUACACCAUAGCAAACUUGGCAGACAUGUUGUGUUCUUCAGCCUUUCUGGAGAAAGAGUCUGGCCAUCUUCCCAUAAGACUGUAUUUGGAUAAACUAGUUUCUGUCCUUUGUUUUUGUAAUGCCAGAGCCAAAGAUCUUAGUCCUCAACGUAGCCUCUCAGAAAUGGUUAUGGAAGCAGACAGGAUUGUACAAGGUGGUAGCACCGCUUCCAGAUUUAGAUUAAUACGAGGAGCUCAACAUUGUAGUUUAAAUAUUUUGAAAGAGCUGCUUCUUCACUGGGGAGAGGAGUUGCACAAUUAUAUGAAUAACAAUGUAGUGAUUGGCUACGAAUGUUAUAGGAUGAACGGAAGCCUUGCAUCCUUGCAUGAAAACUUGAUUACAUUAAAAGCUGCUGAGACGUUACCUGAGGAACAGAGAGGGAAUGCAUUAGAAUUGGCAGACUGUAUCACCAGCCUUCUGGAGAAAGCAGCCAAUGUUCAGAUAAAGUGCACCGCGAAUGACACCGACAUGAUGGCUGCAGUUACUAUAAACAUGAUUGAUGCUAAGAUUGGCCGCUAUGAAGAGUUAUGUUCAGUGUUUGCCUCAGAAAUUUCUUGGGCCUUUUCUAAUGACUGGUUAAAUUGUCUUAAAAAGAACAAAGAGCUUUUUCGGGAGCCAGACCUAAUAUUUAAAUUGCUGGAGACCACAGUUAAAGCUACAUCUGAUCAAAACAAUAUUAAUAUCCAGCAAAUACAAAUAUGUUCAAAUGUCAUCUUGGAUCUGUUCUGUGAACUUCCAUUAUCCCAGAUAAAUGAGGUGCUUAUCAGAGUCUUAUCUACAUGGGGAAAGAAAGGACUCUCUCAUUGUAUGAUCGCAUUUACAGAUCGUUUCCAAGAAGAGCUCAACAUGAUGUUCAACCAAAUCUCGCAAAAUGUACCGGAUUACAACGCUGUAUCCAGAGUGGCCCGAUUGGCCGUUUUGUACCCUGAAUAUGUUGUAAACAAAGCAUGCCACUUUGCUGUAUCAAAUGUUGGUGCUCAUGUUUUUUUAGCAAAGGUGUUGGCUUCACUUUCUGCAUUGAGCUUUAGGUGUUCUAAUAGUGCAGAAACACCCGUCUCCUUAUUAUCCCAGUGCUUGAUGGAGAACUGCUGGGGAAAGCUGUCCUCUGAUAAGGAAGAAAGUCAAUUCUUGUACUUACUGGCUUAUCUAAUGGAUUCUUCUGAAACUGUAGAUGGCAAUGCUGCCAUCUCCCUACUACAGCCUGCAGAAAUAGUAAGAAUAUUUGUUCUUCCAUAUAUACUAGAUGAAUGCAUUAAUGUAGAGUUUUGCCUGCAAAUUCUUCAUAAAGCAUUAAAUGUAGAGAAUCUACUGGAUAUAUCAGGCAAGCACUGGGUUCUGUCAUGCUCUCCAUUCCCACUCAUUAUGUCUCUUUGCAAGCUUCUCAAUAGCUACAGUAGGUGCUGGCAGCAUUCAGAUAAACCACACUGCCUUACACUGGGAUCAAAAGAAUUAAUAAUUGAUAUCCUUACUGAGAUAUGUACUGUUAUGUUGCCAGAAGCUGAAGCUGGGAAAGAAACUUGGAGCAAAUCCCUCUUCUGGCUACACAGAAAAAUGGAGCAUUUAGAUUGGGUUGUACGUUUCAGACUAAAGCCAAUAUUUGGAAAACACUUCAAAAACGAAGUCCCUGCUACAUUGUUUGAUGUUUGCAAACUUUCAGGGAAUGAAUGGACAGAACUUGACCUUCCGGAGUAUGGUCCCGGCACGGGGCUUCUAGCUUGGAUGGAAUGUUGUUGUAUCUCUGGAGAGAUAAAGGAUCAAAUGCUUUCCCUUCUGUGUGUCAACACAGAAGAUCCCGAUGAGGUCAAUCUCUUCAGCAAGGGUUUUUUAGUAGCUAUGGUGCAAGUCCUGCCAUGGUGUAGUUCAAUGGAAUGCAGGCUUCUCAGUCAAGUUGUGAGGAGUCUCCUGCAAAGACAACUUCUUCAUGUUCCAUACACUCUGGAAUAUGUGCAGUUUAUGCCUCUCCUUAACCUCCGUCCGUUUGCCUACAACCUGCAGUUCUCUGUCCUCCUGCUCAGAUGUUUCCAACUCCUCUGCAGCUCAAGCUGUUCUAACUGGCUCACCCUCGAUGGACAAAAACAUGUGGCCAGACUUUAUAGUGGCUGUAUUUCUGACACACUGGAUGUUGUGAAACAGCAGCUGGCAGACUGCAAUUUACAACUACCCAAAGAUAAAAAAGAAGGUGACUAUGUCCAAGAGGUUUUAUUCAUUUAUAGUCAGGUAUUCUGCCAUGUCCUCCAUAUAACAGCAAUGAUGCCAGAAAAUACGUGUGAACCUCUUUUCUACUUGUCCUUGGAAAUUCUUUCUUUGUGUGAGACACUGAGAGCAAAUGACACAUCCAAAAACCGCUUGCUCAGACAAGCCAACGAGAGACACUUCUUGAAGUCCAUUACCGAGAAUGUAAGCAAUGAGCAACAUCGGGCUACACUCAUGCAGAAAAUUAACAAACUUUAAUGACGUGUUUCCAAAUGCAGAAACCGAAUUAGUUAUACAGUGGAAUAUUUUGAAGUGUUCUCUAAUAUCAGCCAUGAAAGGGAGCAAGUCAUACAACGUGCACUGUUUUUAAUAGUAUGGCAUAAAUAUAUAAAACAAUAAGACCUCUGUGGUAUAACAGUAAAUGCACGAUUAUACUGUAUUAUAUAUAUUAAAUAAGUGGCUGUCACCAUCUCUGCAAGACCAGAAACUGAAUCCUAUCCUCCAGCUACUUUGUUGUGAGUGUAAAUUUUGGAACUUGUGAGAAAUAUAUACAUGUGAGCAUACAGCUGCAGAUACGACACCCAUCUAUUAUAUUAUAUUAUAAUCCUCUAGCACUUAUAUGGGGUGUAGUAUGGUAUGCCGGCGGCAGGGCUCCUGGCGACAAGCAUACUGGUGCCGAAAUCCCGACCGUCGGCAUACUGACAGAUGGGCGAGCGCAAAUGAGCCCCUUGUGGGCUCGCCGCGCUAUGCACGCCACGCUAUCUAUUCUUCCUCCAGGGGGGUCGUGGACCCCCAAGAGGGAGAAAAGGUGUCGGUAUGCCGGGUGUCGGGAUUCCUGCGCCGGUAUACUGUGCACUGGGAUCCCAACAGCCGGCAAACCGAAGACCACCCCUUAUAUGCAAUGUUCAGCAGUUUAUGAAAACUACUGGCACAGAAAUUCUUAGACAAGUGGAAAAUUGUACUUUAGCUGCAUCCCAUUUCUCAAUAAAAUUGCAAAUUUCC